UACUAAGUGAUCCGCAGGUGUUCCUCACACAGCAACUUUGUAUCUAGUGCUGCUCUGCCUUCUCCCGCUCGCUAUACAGCUCAAUAGCCGACACCAUGCAGAGCUGCGCCAAGUCCUGGUCUGUGCUGUGCAGGUCUGUCAGGCUACAGGGCAGAGCAAUGGGGGGCAGCAGGAGGGCUCCUUGGAGGCAGAUAGAAGGAGUGCGGAGAAACAACAGUACCAGUAUGGGGCCGGCCGCUCUAGCCUCAUCCUCCAGCAACCAGCGCCAGAUAGAGCGCCUCUUCCCCCGGCAUGAUGACUUCUCUGAGAGACACAUCGGACCCGGGGAUAAGGAGAAGAGAGAGAUGAUGGACACCUUGGGAGUGCAGAGUAUUGACGAGCUGAUUGAUAAGACUGUUCCUGCAAGCAUCCGCCUGUCAAGACCACUAAAAAUGGAUGAUCAAGUUUGUGAAAAUGAACUUCUUGAAACACUUCGAAACAUAGCAUCGAAAAACAAGAUCUGGAGAUCCUAUAUUGGCAUGGGUUACUAUAAUUGCUCCGUUCCACAGGCCAUCUUAAGAAAUUUACUGGAAAAUGCUGGCUGGGUAACGCAGUAUACUCCAUAUCAGCCAGAGGUGUCCCAGGGUCGUCUAGAGAGCUUGCUGAAUUAUCAGACUAUGGUGUGUGAUAUAACUGGAAUGGAUGUGGCCAAUGCUUCUUUACUGGAUGAAGGGACGGCUGCUGCUGAAGCCAUGCAGUUGUGCCACAGACACAACAAGAGGAGGAAGUUUUAUGUGGACAGCAGAUGUCAUCCUCAAACUAUAGCUGUGGUACAGACAAGAGCCAACUACAUUGGUGUCACAACAGAACUUCUGCUGCCACAUGAGAUGGACUUCAGUGGAAAGGACGUCAGUGGUGUUUUGUUUCAAUAUCCUGAUACAAAUGGAAAAGUGGAAGACUUCACUCAGCUAGUUGACAGAGCACACCAAAAUGGAACCUUGGCUUGCUCUGCUACUGACCUUCUGGCAUUGUGUAUCCUGAGACCUCCUGGAGAGUUUGGGGUGGAUAUAGCUCUGGGAAGCUCUCAAAGAUUUGGUGUGCCACUCGGCUAUGGAGGACCACAUGCAGCUUUCUUUGCUGUGAGGGAGAAUCUUAUUCGCAUGAUGCCUGGAAGGAUGGUUGGCGUGACGAGGGAUGCUACCGGAAAGGAUGUUUAUCGACUUGCACUACAGACCAGAGAGCAACACAUUCGAAGGGAUAAAGCCACAAGCAACAUCUGCACAGCACAGGCUCUGCUGGCAAACAUGGCUGCUAUGUUCUGUGUCUACCACGGUCCAAAUGGCCUCAAACAUAUAGCACGAAGAGUUCACAAUGCCACAUUGAUACUUGCAGAAGGUCUAAAAAGAGCUGGGCAUCAGUUACAUGAUGAGAUGUUUUUUGACACAUUGAAGAUACAUUGUGGAUGUCCAGUUAAAGAGGUUCUGGAUCGUGCUGCACAGCGCCAGAUAAAUUUUCGUCUUUAUAGUGAUGGUUCACUUGGAGUGUCUAUUGAUGAGACUAUUAAGGAGAAAGAUCUCGAUGACCUGUUGUGGGUGUUUGGCUGUGAAUCCUCAGCAGAAUUGGUUGCAGAAAACAUGAAUGAAGAAAAUAAAGGCAUCUUAGCCACUGCUUUUAAGAGGACUAGCAAGUUCCUUGCACACACCGUUUUUAACAGUUACCAUUCAGAAACCAACAUUGUCCGCUACAUGAAACGGCUGGAGAACAAAGAUAUUUCUCUCGUGCAUAGCAUGAUUCCUCUGGGCUCCUGUACCAUGAAGCUGAACAGUUCAUCUGAGCUUGCACCAAUUACAUGGCUGGAAUUUGCCAACAUCCAUCCAUUUGUGCCCCUGGACCAGGCUCAGGGUUAUCAACAGCUCUUUAGAGAACUGGAGAAGGAUCUGUGUGAAAUCACUGGCUAUGACAACAUAUCAUUCCAGCCAAACAGUGGUGCACAGGGUGAAUAUGCUGGCCUGGCUGCCAUCAAGGCUUACCUGAAUGGAAAAGGUGAACGCCAUCGCACAGUUUGUCUAAUUCCAAAGUCUGCACAUGGAACCAACCCGGCAAGUGCUCAGAUGGCGGGAAUGAAAAUUCAGCCUGUAGAAGUAGAUAAAGACGGAAGCAUUGAUGUAGCACAUCUGAGAGCCAUGGUAGACAAACACCAAGACAAUUUGGCUGCUAUAAUGAUCACUUACCCUUCCACCAAUGGAGUUUUUGAGGAGGGCAUAAGGGAUGUAUGUGAUCUCAUUCACAAACAUGGAGGCCAGGUUUACUUGGAUGGUGCCAAUAUGAAUGCCCAGGUUGGACUGUGCCGCCCUGCUGAUUAUGGCUCGGAUGUUUCCCAUUUAAAUCUUCAUAAAACCUUUUGUAUACCCCAUGGUGGUGGAGGACCAGGAAUGGGACCAAUUGGAGUGAAAAAGCAUCUGACACCUUACCUGCCAAAUCACCCAGUCAUUGCACUUCAGGGUAAUGAUGGCCGGUCUUUGGGUACUAUAAGUGCUGCACCAUGGGGUUCAAGUGCCAUCUUACCCAUUUCCUGGGCUUACAUCAAGAUGAUGGGUGCAAAGGGACUCAAACACGCUACAGAGAUCGCUAUUCUGAAUGCAAAUUACAUGGCAAAAAGACUGGAAAAGCACUACAAAAUCCUGUUUCGGGGAUCUAGAGGUUGUGUGGCUCAUGAAUUUAUUCUUGAUGUAAGACCCUUCAAGAAGUCUGCAAACAUUGAAGCUGUUGAUAUUGCAAAAAGACUGCAAGACUAUGGUUUCCACGCUCCCACAAUGUCCUGGCCAGUGGCAGGUACUCUUAUGAUUGAACCAACCGAGUCUGAAGACAAAGCUGAGCUAGACCGUUUUUGUGAUGCCAUGAUCAAUAUAAGACAGGAAAUAGCGGAUGUUGAGGAAGGAAGAAUGGACUCCAGGAUUAAUCCCCUAAAGAUGUCUCCACACACAUUGACAUGCAUUGCAUCUUCCAAUUGGGAUCGACCAUACACUAGAGAAGUGGCUGCCUUUCCAUUGCCUUUUGUCAAGCCAGAGAGCAAAUUCUGGCCUACAAUAGCUCGAAUCGAUGAUAUCUACGGUGAUCAACAUUUGGUCUGCACUUGUCCUCCUAUGGAGGUGUAUGAAUCUCCAUUCACAGAACAGAAGAGGGCUUCUUCCUAGUGUUACAAACUCUUCCUACUAUGUUCCAAUUGCCAAUACAAAACUGCCAUUCAGCUAUACUGAGAGCAACAUUCAUGCCUUCCGAAUUAAAAGGAAAUCUGUCAUGAAAGAAAUAUGGGGCAGCCAUUGCUGAUCUUCUAAAAAUGCUAGUACCCUUGCUAUCUUGCUGACACUUGGUAUUCAAUGGUAUAUCCCUUACUUGGCGCAAUAAUGUAAACUUUCUUUGUACUUAUUGUAACUGAGUACUGAAGCCAUUCAAUUGGCAUUUUCAGAAGAACUUCAUCAAUGGCAGUCUGUAGCAGAGUCAUAAGUUUUCCUUUAAGAACAGUAAAUGUAUGUAUAUAUUUAUUUUUUUAAAUAUUGUCAUUUUGGUGUGCAUUUCAGUGUAUAAACUCAAUGACUGUUGAUGAUGAUCGCUCAACUGCAGAAAUAGUAAUUGGCAAAUACCAAUAUUUUAUACACUUUAAAGUUUAUUUGCCAAUUUAACUAAAGAAUGUUUGAGAGGGAAUCGAUUUGGCAACUGCUGUUUACUGUACUGCAUUGAAGGGCAAUUAUCUGAAAACUGACAUUAUUGUUGUAAAUAUGCAAACUCUUUUCUCUGCAGUGGUCAAAUGUCUUUGAUUUUUGUUUAUGAACCUUUUUGUGUUAAACUUUUCUUUUUAGUUCAGACAGAAGUAAAUAUUUGAACAGUUUGUAUCAAUGUACAAGUCCAGACAAUGUAAAUAUAUUUCUUACAGAUACAUGUUUUUGUUGGUUGUAAUUCUUUGUGGUACAGGGAUCUCCCUAUAUGACAGUUUUUUUAUGAACUUGACUGUAAAUGACCUUAAUACUUACAUUUGUGUCACGUAUUACAAAAUUCUCACUUCAGCUAUAGAAUCCUACCAAAUCCUGA